UAGAAAAUGGGCCUUACAAUUGCUCACUCUUCCCUCUUAUUAGGACGCUGGAAAUUAUUCGCUGCACAAAGAUCAAUGGGGAAAUCGCACAACACUUGCAUUCCAGACGCGUUGUAGAUAUCCUCGUUCAACCGUGGAAGGAACUUGGCAAUAAAGCGGUGUUGGCUCCGGUCAAUCUCUGGGAGAUAAUGCUGGAUGUAGAUGUGCUUUAUUACUUGUUACAGUCUUCGCUGAAAGUAGACUAUUACGGCUUAUAUGAUGAUUUGAAUCGAAAUGCCGCUUUUGAGUCGCUAGCCAAUAUCAUUCUCACCGGUCCAUUCAACGCUAGCUUCAACGAUCUCAAGAUUAAAUUGAUCGAUAAAGUGCAACAACUGGUCUUUAUCGGAAAAGACAGUACAUCACCCUCGAUCGCCGAAGGUCUGCCAUAUCAACAUUUUGGUAAGCGAAAAAAAGCUAUUUUUUUCAAGGAGAAAUCCAUGACUCUUAACACCUCUUUAGAUUUCGUUAUGCCCAGAACAGAGGCUUCCUCAGAUCAAAUAAUUCGCUGUGUACAAGCAGUUCAGUGCCAAUUAUCUGCAUUUAUAUACCCUUAUGGUUCUACUCAACACAUCAUCUCCAAACACCCUCAACGCCCUUUGCCAUCAUCACUUCAACGCACAUUGUUCGAGAACCUAAAAUUGGCCAUCCAAAAACAUCCUGCGAAUUACUUUGUGAUAGAACGCCUCAAUGCUGUUCCGUUGAUGAUCGAAAGUAUGGAGCACUAUGACACAAAUAUUCAGAACGGUAUUAUGGAUGUGCUUGUAUAUAUUAUGUGGGACCUGAAUUUUGUCCCCUUGAAAGAGUUGGCGGUAACUUCUCUCCAUCUUCAAACCACCGCCUCGGGCAAAGUCAUUGCACUUUUAUGUCGACGCAUCCAGCAAUUGCUUCAAAUGUCUCCAAAAUUUCUUAUCGUGGUCCGUGAUACUGGUCUUAUCAAUGUGAUCAGCUUGAUGCUCUCUAAUAUCAGUGACAAGCUACAAAAAACGGCGGCAUCAGAGACUGAAGAUGGUCAAAUCCAAGAACCUUUUGUGGCCCAAGCUAUCGAAAAUUUCGAUACCAUUGUGGAUUGUCUUGUCGAGAUGACAAAAGAUCCUGCGAAUGCUGCUGUAUUUCGAAAAGCGUAAAGAUUCUUUUAUCAUAUCUUGAAUUUUUGUUCAACGGCUAAAAAUUAGUAUUAGAUAUCGCGGCAACAUUAUUGAUCUGCUCCAAU